UGCCCGCCCGCCUGCCUCCUCCCAACUUGUCCGCGCUUUCAUGCUCCCACAACCGCCUCGCGCGUUCGUAACGCCAGUACCGAUGGGCCGAACCCUAACCCGUCGCCUUGCAUAAUGAGCCCCGCUCGCCCUCGUCCUCGCGCCCGCGGAUGUGGAGCCGCGGAACGACGGAACGUUUGUCACUAUUCACGAGAGGGUCGUCGGAACGAUGCCGACGGUGGGUUUGCGACGGCUUCGGGGGCUUCUUUGCUCGGGUUUGUUGCAUCAGCAGCAGCAGCAGCAGCAACAACGCGGCGAGCGGGGCUAACGUUAGCAGGAGCCUCCGUGACAUUUGUCGUUGUCGUGCGUUUUGUAAACACCGGCAAGACGUUUGGAGGUUUCCACGUCGCUCGGCCCGCACCGAACGCAGCAGCAGCAGCACCAAGACGAGCGUGUUUGUGUGCUGAAAGGCAGAUUACAUAAUGCGCGUUUCGGAAGUACCAACAUGGCGUAAGUGAGCGAGCGGCGCCCACUGGAAGCAAAGUGCGGCGACUGCGCGGCGUGACGGUGUGACACUUGGCGUGGAUGUGUUCAUCACGGAGCCCACCUUUCAACUCCUUUGACACCAUCUCCUUCGCGUCCACGUUGGGGACGAGACGCGAUGACGUCACGGGGCCUCAAUCCUCCCCGUUGAGCAGGCCGGCCUGCUCCUUUUUCCUUCUGCCUGCUUUAUGUGGCCAUCUCGAUCCAGGAAGCGUCAAAUGAGUCCUUGAAGUUGCAAGUGUCCUUUUCCACUCCUCCUGAAGACAAAUCCGACCCGCGGUGUGGCCAGCACCUCAAAUUCAUCCGCAGUUGACUGAAGAACAUAAGCUACUGUGUUGUUCUUUUCACCAAUAAUGUUUAUUUUUUGGUCAUUGCGUGGUUCAGCUUUUGAAGGCGGGCGACGUCCCGGUCAUUUUGCCGCGUCAACUUGGAGAACCCCACCCUUGAAAUUCCAGCUCUUCUCAGCGGCGGAACGGUGGACAUAUUUGAUCUGAAAAUUGAAAGUAACAAAUGAAACCAAAGGGGCCAGGAGAUAUAUUGUCGUGCUGGUGUGGAAGUGGCCCCUUCAACCAGGUUUGCCAUUUUGCUUGACUGGCGUUUACCGGAAAAAUUCUAGCGCUUUGGGAGCCUGGAAGGAGAAAAUGAUUGUCAGCGCAGGCUGUCCUCUGGGGGGGCGGUAAGCGGUGGGUGUGGAGCAGGCCGCCGUGCCAGUCCCUCUGCACUGCAUGGCUGCGAUGGCGCCCGCUCUUACCGACGCCCCAGCCGAAGCUCACCACAUCCGCUUCAAACUGGCUGCCCCGUCAUCGAGCUUGUCGCCAGCCAGCACCGAGAACCAUCCCGACGCCAGCAACAUCCUCAUCCACGGCAGCGCCCCCCCCAAGUGUAAGGUGGCCCCCGAAGACUCGUGUACUCUCGAUUUGUGCGGCGGAGACCAGGAUCAGCAGCAGCAGCAGCCGCCGCCGCCCUCCCAAGGCGACUCCCUGGGGAAGCUCCAGCCCCUGGUCGCCUCGUACCUUUGCUCCGAUGUGACCCCCGUUCCCUCCACUAAAGAGUCCAUCACGCUCCAAGGGGUCCUCAUCAAACAGUCGGUCUUGAAAAGUCACAGAAUCCUCAACGGCGGUGACUUCCUGUUGCGGAAGCGGCACACCAUCGAACUUUCUGGAGGCCAACUCAAAAGCCUCAUGAGCGGCGGCGCCAACGGCGGCGGCCAGCCGGUGGUACCAGUCAAUGGCCUGGCCAAGAAGCUGGCCGCAGUGCCUGGUUCCGGCUGCGCCAUGGCGGCGCUGAACGGGGAUAGGCCUCCGGCGCACUCGCACGCUCUGGAGACGCCGGCGCCCGUUGCUGCCAGAGGAGCCCUUAACUGCAAGCAUUCCCCGGGACUUUGUCCAAAUUCGCAACUGUCGCCGCGAUCCCCCUGUUCCCACGGUAACCAGGACCCCGGUGCCGAGUGCGCAAAAUCGGCGGCGCGGUCGCACGCUACUGACCGCGAGAGGCCGGGGUGCAGCCAGGCCGGCGCGUCGUCUUCGGACGCCGUCGACGCUCGCGUGGGGGAGCGCGCGCGCCUCAACGGCAGCCGGCAGGUGGAGAUCGAAGGCCGCCUGAGGCGCUUGCGUAAGCGCCUGCAGGUGGUCCAGGCCAAGCAGGUGGAGCGCCACGUUCAGCAGCAGCUGGGCGGAUUCUUGGACUCGGCCGUGAGCCGCCUGUUGGCCGGGGGCCGCAAGGACCACGCCGGCCCAGCUGCGCCUUGGAGGACGGGGCGCCACUUGAGCGCCAACAGCAGAGACGGCCUGGGACGCUUCCUGAAGAGCGGCACCGUGCCUUUGGAACUGGAGAGGUUGUACCUCAGCGGCUCGGCCAACCUGCGCUCUGUGGAAAAAGCCUUUGACUCGGAUGUGACGGAGAGCAGCUCCGGGGGAGAUUCCGAUCUCGAAGAGGAGGAGCUGAGCAGGGUGGACGUCGAGCAGCGCCACGUCAAAAUAUGGAAGCGUGCGGAGAGUCGCUACACUCUGGAGAGGGCGGCCAUCAUCAGUCACUGGAACUGGCUGCAGGCGCACAUCUCGGACUUGGAGUACCGCAUCCGACAGCAGACUGACAUCUUCAGGCAGAUCCGAGCCAGCAAGGGAUCCGUGGAGCUGGGAGGGCUCGGUCCUCAAGAAUCCAAGACGGAACCUGCUAGCACUCAGGAUGGGUCUUGGGAGCGCGUGGACCAUAUCGCUGCAGAACCUCGGAAAGCUCAAAACGGGCAGCCAGUCAACGGCGUUCUCGGCAGGGUGGCGGAGUGCGUUGACGCCAAGCAUCAGCAGACGGCGGACAGCACGUGCGUGGCGGCGCGGACGCGGCCUCUGAUUGGCUGGCGGCGGCGGAGACUCAUCCAGCCCAACACAGUGGCCAACCUGACCGGAAAAGUAACACGCACGCACGAUACGGCCGGUCGAAGCGGCUGCGUCCCGCGCCCGUGCCGCGUCAACCCCGGCUGCGUGAUGUGCGAGGGUCGGCCCGCCCCCAGGGAGGACCCCCAGUUCCAGCUGCCGCUCCUGGAGCGCUUGUCCAGACUGGAUCUGGCCGUCCACCCCAUCCUGUCCUUCGCCGACGACGUGGGCGUGGGUCUUCGCGUCCAGCAGGCCAUGAAGAGCUGCUGGAGCGCUCGGUCGCUGGAGCGGACCAAACCCCUCAAGAAGUUCUCGCUCAAACAUAAGCUGUCCUCAUCCAAAGAGAAGCACAAGUUCGCCAGCUCGCUCAUGGCAGUCAGGUUGGGCCACUAUAAGAGUCGAGCAGAUAAGUCGCGGACGCCGGAGGGCGCCUGCAAGACGGAGCGACUGCACGCCGUCUCCACGGCGCCCGGCCCGUACGACAGGAACUUUAGCCGCAAAAGAUUACGAGAGCCCUCGUUGGACAGGAGUGACUGCUCUCCGAAAUUCUUCAUGGACUCCGGCGGCGUGGCUCCGUGUCCUUCGCUGUCCGGCGUCCACAGCCCCGUCGCGCGACAGCUGUCCGCGUCCUCAGACAACGCCGCGCCGUUGCAGCCCGUCAAGAGGCGGCGCGGCGAAAGCUCCUUCGACAUCAACAACAUCGUCAUUCCCAUGUCUGUGGCCGCCACCACGCGGGUGGAGAAGCUGCAGUACAAGGAGAUCCUCACGCCCAGCUGGCGAGCCGUGGACGUCUUGUCUCAGCCCGUCGCGCAGGACGAGAACCAGCGGGAGGUGGAGGACUUGUCGGACGCCGCCUUCGCCCAGCUCCAUCAGCCGUACGAGGACCAGGAGCGUUCGCGCUGGACCUGGAUGGCGCUGGCGCCGGCCAAGCGACGGGGCAGCAGGUCGUACAAGUCCUUGGACGGGCGCAGCACGCCGCUGUUGUGCGGCACCAACCCCCCGACGCCCCAGCCGGCGUCGCCCGAGCACGGCCACUACCCGCUGCUGCACGACUACGGGCACGUAGCGUCGCCCGCGAGCCCCCCCAGCCCCGACACGCCCUGCUCCCGCGACUCUCACCGCCUGGUGUCCAGCGAGGACACCAGAUGCUCCACCCCCGACUUGGCCUUCGAGGAGAGGACCGUGGCGCCGUGGGAGCGGCGAAACUUCCCGCUGGCCGAAGACCCCGCGCCGGAGCCCGAGGCGGAGCGCGCGAGGCCGGGGGCGCGGAGCCCGUCGGGACGCCCCCCCGACUCGGAUGACGGUGAGCCGAGCUGUUGCCACGACGAUGGCGACUGCAAAUCGCCCUGAGCGGACUUGUGCCCUUCCUGUUGUUUGAUAUUCAAACAUCAGUCAAUUAUUUCACAGUUUUUAGUGAACACGACGCAACAUGUUACAAGUUGGACUCGUGUAAUAGGCUGGGCGUGUCCGGGGGGGGGGGGGGGGUCAGCGGCGUUUGUUCCACGGCUCGUAGCGCACAUGUAGCGACGCCCGCAUACCACGUGGCCAAAGGGUGUUUUUCUAUCCUUUUUAGUUUGCUUGUAAUUCCCAUGUACAUUUUAGUGGAGUGACAAAUAAGAAAAGACGGGAAAAAGUCUGACACCCCCCGCCCCCUUCCCAUCCACAUAAACAGGUACAUUUUGUGUGUGGACCCCCCCGGAGCAGAGCACUUGACUUUGGUUGCUUUCAUUUUCCAUUCCUGACACGUUCGUAUGUUGUGUGUUCAAGCGUGCAGUUGUCCGUCUUUGACUUGUGAAGCAUUCCUACUGCCCCCCAAAAAAAAAUGCCCUCGCGGGGGCCGCACUAGUCCGAGGAGGCGUUCACUUUGCGGGGAUGCGAUGCGGCGGUCGACCCCCCCCCCACCCCCACCCCCCUUCACAUCUCCUUCCGGCCAUCCGUCAACUUGAUUACUAUGCAAGAUGAAAAGU